AUGCGAAACCUGUUCAACUCACAAUUUCAAUCGCAACCACAUCCUUCACCACCACCGGUAGAAUCGUCUCCCCAACCACAACCUGUAGAAGAUGAAGUUGAAGAAUGUGUUCCAGAGACGCAACCCCAAUUCUCGAAACUGAAAAAAAGGAAGCAAGUUGCGCGUCUAACUGGUGAUCAACCUUUGAGAGCCAAGUCACAACCAUGGUCAAAGAUUGAUGAGGAGGCGUUAGCUAAGGCGCAGAUUGGCACGUCAAAAAGUCCCAUUGUUGGUAACAACCAAACCGGCGACGAUUUUUGGAAAGAAAUAUUAUCAAAGUUCCUUAUGAUUAUGGAACAAGGUCAUUAUUGGGACCUCGAUUCCGUCGCUUCGAAGUGGAGAAAGAUGCAUUCAGUCGUGAACCGAUUUUCCGGGAUAUAUAAUAAUUUAUAUGUUAAUCGUCGUAGUGAGCAGAGUGACGAAGAUGUUUUUAAAGAGGCGAUGUCUAGAUACACAGAUGAGCAUUGGGUCGUUUUCUCACACGUCCGGGCAUGGGAGGUUAUGCGAACCAAUAAGAAGUGGGCGCCAGUUCCAAACGAGGUAGCAGCCGCUAAACGAACAAAAACCUCGGAGACCGGGAGUUAUAGUGCAGGGGGCUCGGACGCACGAUACCAAAUAAAUAUAAACGACGAGCCUGAAUUUGCCGAAGAAGAGCACGUAGUUCGAGAGGAGGCACGUCCACCGGGCAGUGACAAAGCCAAAAAGGUUAUGUGGUGUGGUCAUGAUCCAAUUGAUUAUCAUUCUUCCAUGUCAACGUCAUAUCAUUCCACUCUCAUCCACCAAUCUAAUCCACCAUCGUAUAUGGUGUGGAUCAUGACCCAUUCACUAUUAUCACCCACCGAUUAA